AGCGGGGAAACUUCAGCUGCUGUAGCUGGAAAGCUCCGAACGUCCGAAUGGCUGUCCUGUUGCAGGCUGACUGCGCUCGUCGGCUGAUGGCGGAGCUUCGGGGCGCCCUGGACGCCUGCGCAGAGCGACAGCGGCAGCUGGAGCAAAGCCUGCGCGUCUCCCGGCGGCUGCUGCAGGCCUGGGAACCAGUUGGGACCACAGCUCUGGAGCCACCUCCUGGGUCAAAAACUAAAAAAGACCCUUCUCCAGUAAGCACACCAAGCCCCCAAGACCUCAAGGAGCUGGAACUUCUGACCCAGGCACUGGAGAAGGCAAUACGGGUGCGGAAAGGCAUCUCUAAGACUGCAGAGAGAGGAAGAACUCCCAGCCUGAAAUCUGGGUCCAUUGCUUUGUCUCCUGGCACCACUGCCUCUGCCGUACCGCAGUCCUCAAACCGGGUUGGCCAUUGUUCUUCAAGGACAAGACCUACCAAGGGCAUCCAUCAGACUAAGGUGCCUGCCAAGAGCCACCCAGAGCUUCCGUUGGUGAGAAACAGGCCUCCUGUGGGGAUAGGAGCCCAAGCCACCAGACUUGAAUCGAACCACAGGGAACAAAUGACGCUGUCAGGUUAUCCUCAUGCAGCAGAAACCUUCACACUCAAGGAGAAGGGGAUCCUGCUGCGGCUGCCCAUGGCCUUCAGGAAGGCAGCUUUCCAGAAUUCCUGCCUGUGGACCCAUCUCAACUCCACACAAACCAAUGAUGCCACCAAUGCUGCCAAAAACCAGUUCCUCCAGAAAAUGCAGAUGUCUUCGAGUAUAUCCAGCUCCAGGUUCAGUGCUGUGGACGUAGAGAUGGAGGCCCAGUGCCUGCAGAAAGCCUGUGCACUGCUUAGACUGCGCAUGCAAGAAGAGCUCUCAGCAGCUCCUAUAGACUGGAUGCAGGAGUACCGAUGCCUGCUCACCCUGGAGGGGCUACAGGCCAUGGCCGGGCAGUGUCUCCGUAAGGUGCAGGAAUUGUGUACAGCUCUGACAGAACAGUUGACAGGACCUUGUCUCAUGAGGAGGCCUCUUAAGACCUCAUUUCCCUGUGGAGGUCGUGUAUGUACUUCCUGGGGCCCCCAACUCCUUCUCUACUCCAGCACCCAAGAACUACAGACCCUGGCAACCCUCAGGCUGCGGGUGGCCAUGUUGAAGGAGCGGAUCCACCUGGAAAAGGUCCUGAUGGCUGAACUACUCCCCAUGGUGAGCACCCAGGAGCUACAAGGCGAACCCUGGCUGGCACUGUGCCGAGCUACCCACAGCUUGCUCUGUGAGGGUGGAGAGCGCUUCCUCACAAUUCUGCAUGAAGACCCAGCUGACUGAACCUCCACCCAGGUCUUGGAACCCUGGGGCAAGAAACCUUUUAGAAAGAGUCCUCUAGGAGCUGGGAAGAUGGCUUGGUAGAAUAAGCUCUUCCCUGGCAAGCACAAGGGCCUGAGUUCAGUCCCCGGUUCCGCAAAAAAAAACAAACAAAACAAAACAAAAACUACUGGCUGGAGUAAACAGAACUGAGAUUGAGAAUUUCCCUGGUUUGGUUGAUCCAGGAACCUAUACUUCACUGUGUAUCCAAAGUAGAGUAGGCUGCCCUAUCUCUUCUCACUGUGGCCAAAGCUGCUGCUCAGGGAUCAGCUUUCUGCCUUCCUGAGGCCCAGUGGCCCAGGUGGGGCUGGGGGAUGCUGUCUCUGUUUUCUCACUAUAAAUCUAAGAGCUACGAGGCUGGGGAGAUCUCAGUAGAAUAAGUGCUUCCUGGCAAGUACAAGGGCCUGAGUUCAAUCCCUGGAUCUGAAAGAAAAAAAAAAAAUCUAAGAGCUAGUUGUACAUUAAAAAGUA